UGCGGCCUGGGCCUGGCAGCGCAGUCGGCGAGGAAGGUGUCGUACUCGUGCUACGACCUGCACGAGGUGUCGGGCAACCCGCUGGCCGACGUGGCGGCUCGCGAGCGCCCCCUCAGCACCCGCAGCCGGCCCCGAGAUCGCCCCGCGGGCUGGGGCGUCCCGCCGAAGCCCGUCCAGCCGCAGCGCCGCCACGUUUACGUCACGCGCUCUGCCCCGCGACCCUCCUACGGGAACUACGACGCCCACUCCAGCAGCCCCGCCCCCAGCAGUACCCACAUCCACUGCGCCAUGAACGGGAGCGCGGGCGGCCUCCCGUCGCAGUCGUGGACGUCGAGUCGGCACUUCCGGCCUCCGCCCAUCCGCCCCAGGGUCUACAGUGACUGCCCCAGGGGCACCACCGCCUCCCGCAGCCUCCGCAUCAAGAAGUGGCUCCAGAGCAGGCAGACCAGCAUGGGAUCGCAGGACCCGUCGUUCGCAUCCGUGGACGAAGGCGACGAAGAAGGACGACUCCGAAGCCACUUCCUGGACGACAUAACCGAGGUUUCGGAAAACGUCUUCAAUCGGAAGGAGAAGCGCACCUUCCGCGUGAGCGCCAUGAAGACGCGUCGGCGGCGCCAGUGGCGGACGACGGCCGACCGCGAGAUCAGCCCCGCCUCCGAGACCAGCCACGUGGACAGCGAGGCCAGCGUCACCUUCGACAAGACCCUCCUCGAGGUCACCGAAGGCUGGAACUCGCAGGCGGUGCGGGAGCAUCGCAUCAACGCCCUCAGGUCCUUCCUGACGACCAGGAACCAGCCUCUCGCCGUCCUCAACCUCCUGGAGGCCGGCAAGAUAUCCGAGGCCAUCGCAAUGGCACGAGAGUGCAAGGUGCGCGUGCAGCUGGACGUGUGUCUGCUGUGGGCGUGCCAGCAGGGGGCGGUGGACAUCGUGCGCUCCCUGGUGGCCGCAGGCGCCAGCGUGGAGGCCCAGGACAGCGACGGCUGCGGCACGCUCCACCUGGCAGCGGAGAGCGGAUCGGAGGAGGUGAUCCAGGCGCUGGUGGAGGCCGGGGCGAAGGCGGGCUCCUACAGGGACUGGGACCUGCACGAGAAACUCACGCCCCUGAUGAUGGCCGCCCGGAGUGGGUGCGUCGGCGGCAUCAAGAUCCUGCUGGGCGCGGGCGCAGACAUCGACGCGGGGCUCGACACCACCGGCGAGACCGCGCUGCACCACGCCGUCCGCGCCGGCGCCCCCGAGUGCGUGCAGCUGCUCAUCAGUUCGGGGGCGACGGUGAACCCCACCACGCUCUACAGCGAGUCCCCUCUCCACGUGGCUGUGUACGAGGACUUGCCCAACGUGGUGGACAUCCUCCUGAGCGCCGGGGCCAACGUGAGGGCCUCGAAGGGCACCAGCAAGAUGACCGCCCUCCACAUCGCCUCCAACGAAGGCUACUACACCAUCGCGCACCAGCUGCUCAAGGCCGGCGCCAACCCCAACCAGGAGAACCAGAUGGGGCAGACGGCGCUGCACUUGGCCGCCAAGUCCCAGAGCUACGACACGGUGCAGGUGCUCCUCAGCUUCAGCGCCGACCCGAACGCUCGCGACCGCGACCUGAAGACGCCCCUGCACUACGGCAUCUUCAAGGGCUCGAGGUCGCACGAGUGCCUCCGGCUCCUGCUGGAGGCGGGGGCGGACACCAACGCGGCGGAUCUGUCCGGCUACACGCCCCUGCACAUCGCCGCCGUCCACGACUCCUCCUACUGCGUCCUGCUGUUCCUGAAUCACGGCGCCGACGUGACGGCGCGCACGCAGGGCGGCGUGUCGGCCCUACACCUCAUCCUCCGCAGGACUCCGACGGUCCUCGCGACCAUCCAGGAAAACCUCGACGCCGCCAUAUCCUUCACCGACCAUGACCAUCAAGAGAGAGAUUCUCAGGCCCAGAUAAACUUCCGUGUGUUGGUACCUGGCGACACCAUUGGUAUGGAAAGCCGAAUGCUCUCGUGCUUCAGUCGUGAAGGUCAGAAGUUACUCCUGAAACACCCUGUCUGUGAAAUCUUUCUCUUACUGAAGUGGCUUCGGGUCCGAAACUUCUUCAUUUUCAACCUGAUCUUUUACUCCGUGUUGGUCGCUUUACUGUCUUGCUACAUCAUGGUGGUGUUCCCAGCAGCCUCGUGCUACCACCUGAACGCCACCACGCAGUCCAAGCAAGCUGCUGAGCCUCAAGGUCCUUUUGAGGACGAGGAAGAUAAUCUCCUGAGAAGGGAUUGUGGCCUGCACUACGAAGCCUUCAUGGUCAGUCUGCUGUACAUCAUUUGGUUCGGUUUUGGGAUCUUGCUCCUGAAGGAGAUUUUCCAAAUGAUCGACACCCCGAGGACUUACUUCUCCUCGUGGGACAACGUCCUCAUCUGGCCCAUCAUCAUCUUGACGCUCACCAUCACCAUUUCGUCGUACGUCCGCCACGACACGAGGAACUGGGAGCACCACCUGGCCGCCGUCGUCAUCCUCCUGACGUGGGCGGAGCUCCUCUCGCUCAUCGGCAGAUUUCCUUUGUUCGGGGUCUAUAUCCACAUGUUCACGCACGUCACCAAGAAUUUCGCCAAGUUCCUGUGCGCGUACGCGUGCUUGCUCACUGCCUUUUCGCUGAGUUUCGGCGUGCUCUUCCCCAACCAGGAGUCGUUCGGGAAGUACGGAUAUAGGCUGAUAAAGACGAUGGUCAUGAUGACGGGCGAGAUCGAGUACAACGAUUUGUUUUAUGGCGACGAGAAGCUUCUGUAUCCGGAGACGACUCACAUCAUAUUCUUCGUCUUUCUCAUUUUCGUCACAAUCAUCCUCAUGAAUCUGCUCGUUGGUCUCGCCGUUUCUGACAUCCAACGACUGCAGAAGUCGGCGGGCCUCGACCUCCUCGUGCGGCAGACGGACCUCAUCUCGCACUUCGAGGCCAUCAUGUUCAGCAAGUGGCUCAAGUGGAUCUUGCCCAAGGGAAUCCUUGGACUGCUGCACCACAGGAUAUCCCUGUGCCCAUCGCUGUACGGCUGGACGCACGUCCUGACGCAGAAGACGUUGCAGGACACGGGUCUCCCCCAGGAAACCAUGGACGUGGUCCUCCGCAUCGCCCGCACCCGCGACCACGUGUCUCGCCGCAGGAACGCCUUCGCCAACUUCCGCACCCUCAGCAAAACGGCCCAGUACUCGAACGACGCCGACGGCAACGUGGAGAGCAGCAUGGACGCCCUCCGCUUCGGGCUGGACCUGCUCGUGUGGGAUGCCGACGAGAGGAGAGAUGACGCCAGGCAGAUGAAGGACGACCUGGCGAUGGUCUCGUCCGAGGUUGAGAACAUGGCGCAGAUCAUGAACGCCAUAACCAUGCAGAAAAUGUGUACGUCUUGCCAGCAAGGAGACGAGCGAUCGAGCAUUUACACGUCCUGUGAAACGAUGGACUUCUCUAAUGGCGGUAACCCUACAUUACGUCUUAAGGUCCCUUCCAGCGAGGCUUCAUGUCAUUAACAGGGCAAUAUUAUUGCGUAGUUCUAGGGUGUCAGACUCAGAAACCCUUCGCUGGCCAAGUUUCAUUUCAGGUACCGUCUCCAAGAAAGGCACAUACCUGGUUUUCUAAGAUUAUGAGACGCAAUAACAUGUAUAUCACAUUUUCAUUCAUGACAUCACAGGCUAAUAAUUAUUACUGUCACCCUGCGGGCCACUUAUGACCAUCCCAUGGGCCACAUAUGGUCUACGAGCCACGAGUCUGACACCCCUGGUUUAGCGUGUAGCAAGAACUUCAUGGUACCACAUUUAGCAUUUGCUAUGGGUUCUAUAGUUCUGGGGACUUUACAGCUUGAUUCUUCCCUUCCAGAACGUACAGUAGAAUCAAAUUACUAGUUUAGUCCACUGUCAGCUCAUAGAUUAUUCAUGUCAUUUUGGUAGUACAUACAUUUGAAUACAGAUUAAGCAGUCAUUCACAAGAACAGUGUUGAUUACACAAAUACGCCCACACAGGAAUGCUUAAAUAGUUAAGUAUGCACAAGUCAUCUUACUAAUCUAAGAACAAGUGGAAGGUUAGUAAAUCAAAUGUCAAACUGCGAACUUAUGUGUAUAUGAAAUUUUAAAGGAUGAAUGAAAAUGCAAAUAAAGUUACUGAUCUCAAUAUGCUUAUGACAACCACACAUGCAUGCAUCAUUUACAUUCUUAAUUGAAGAGAAUACAUUGUGAGGAAUGUAAGUGAGAAUGAGUGACAUGAUAAAUGAAGAAAUUGUCAAGUUAAAUGUAUACAAAGCAGGUUAAAAUAUAAAGUUGAGUAACUUCACCAAGGUGUAGUGAUAUAUCUGCUGUUAUUUUCAGCCAGAUAACUUUACAGAAUCAAUUUAUAAACAGUGUUAAAUUGCAUAUCAGCAUUCCUUACACCCCUCUAUUCUGAUUCACAAAGUUUGGUAUUAUGGUAAAAUUGCAAUGGAAUAAUCACAUAAUCAACUUAUUUUUUAUUAAGUGGAAUAGGAUUACUCCAUUGUUAUAAUGGUGACUAAUAGGUAGUUCCUAACAAGUCACAACAUAAUAGUCCAUUUCUUUUGUAGAAAUGCAUCCAGCUGUCCUUUCUAAUGGGUGUCAGUUUAAAACAAGACAUUGCUCCACAUUGCCCCUUUGGCUCACUGACCUCUUCAUUUCAUCAUCCACGGUCUUUCUCUUGUCCGAUAUCAAAAAUCAAUAAUAAGAUAAUCAAAGAAAAAGUAAAAGUGAUAAAAAAGGAAAAAGGAAAAAGGGAAAGGAAAGAUAGACAAGUAAAUUUUACAUUUACUUUAAAUUAGCACUUUCCACAAGUAUUCCAAUAUGACGCAAAAAUAAAGUUAAUCAUAUCGUGGGAAUAUAUGCAAUAAAUAUGAUAGUGUUUGUGAGAGAGCAAUAUCUUACCAUCAAACUCAUUGCUAAUUCUGCAACACAAGGUAAAUGAAUCACAAACAAGAAUUUUGUUAAUAAUUUUAUUUACAUAUCGUACAAAACAAUUAAACAGAUUGCCGAUCAGUACUUCAUAAAAAAGUGCCUGAUUACAUCAAUAAAAAAUCUGCAUAGAUACAUUACUGACUUCGCUCCAUAUGAAUAAUGAAAAAAAAGAAAGGAAAAAUAGAUGUUACUUGGCUUCAUCUCUAAGAAAUAGUUUGAUCUGAGAAGAUAUGCUGUAUGUGUAAGACGACAUAUGGAGGGACUAGAGUUCCUGGAGUUUAUGAUGGAACAAAAAUAGACGAUUCCUACAAGACAAACUAUCACAUAUUAGUAUCUGAGAAUUUUUUCUUUUUUUCUUAAAAUGGAGGGAAUGUUGUUUUUGUUCUCUCUUCAGUGCAUAUGCUAAAUCUUAUGCUUUUUUUUACUUGCUUAUGGCAAUUUUAAGAAUAAUGGUUAAAAACACUCCUUAAUUAUAUGGGGGUAACAGAGAAAAAGUCUAAAAUUAUUGAGAAAUACUAACAAGUGUUUGUAAAUAGCAUCAAGACAUCUUUUAACUCAAAUUGAGUAAGGAAUACAUUUCACCCUUAAUGUUUGAAAUUGUCAACAUCAUCAUGAAAAGGACCCAAAUUAAGAAUAAUCUUAACAGUAACUGUAUUAUUUUUUUUUUUUUUAAGAGCAAAUAUGACACAUCUUUUUGGAAGAGGAAAAAAAUUACAGGGUGUUUAAAAGGGUUCCAGAAGAUUGGCUUGCAAUCCUUCUAAAAUACAUUAAGUAUAUUUGCCUUCUGUUUUUUGAUAGUCGUACCUGGCUUCCAGUAACAUUUCAUCACAGUAAAAAAUAUUCAUGUUAAAGCCUAUGUAUUUAUUCUUCACUGGGGGCUGAUUCCAAAACACAAUCAAAUGUUACAAUAUCCAAAAAACUUUGGGGCAUCAAAAAA